UCGGAGUGGGCAGGCUGGACGUCGCAGGAACUACGGCUAGACAUUUUUUCGCUUUUAUUCACGUCAGAUUGAUACUCUCAAACCCGGACGUAACCAACGCCUAGUCACCGGUGAGGAACGAUGCAAACCAUAAAGUGUGUGGUGGUUGGAGAUGGAGCUGUUGGAAAGACCUGCCUCCUCAUCUCAUACACAACCAACAAAUUCCCUUCUGAAUAUGUUCCCACGGUUUUUGAUAACUAUGCUGUCACAGUAAUGAUUGGAGGUGAACCGUAUACACUGGGUCUUUUUGACACAGCAGGUCAGGAAGACUACGACAGACUCCGGCCACUCAGCUAUCCGCAGACAGACGUCUUCCUUGUUUGCUUCUCUGUUGUUUCUCCUUCCUCCUUUGAGAAUGUGAAAGAGAAGUGGGUACCAGAAAUCUCUCACCACUGUCCACGCACUCCAUUCCUUCUGGUGGGUACUCAGGUUGACCUGAGGGAUGACAGUAACACUGUGGAAAAACUUGCCAAAAACAAGCAGCGCCCCAUAUCGCCUGAGAGUGGGGAGAAGCUGGCCAAAGACCUCAGAGCUGUCAAAUUUGUGGAGUGCUCAGCUCUCACACAGAGAGGCCUGAAGAAUGUAUUCGACGAGGCGAUACUCGCUGCCCUUGAACCUCCAGAGACCAAACCCAAGAAGCGCUGCAUCCUUUUGUAGGAACACAAGCAAGAAAGAAACAUUCUGGUGGGGUUUUUUUUUGUUUUGUUUUUUGGUAGGGCUUGGGAUUGGAGUGGAGAGAGAUAAUUGGGAACAAUUAUGGGAAAAAAACAGCAAUACUGGAGGAUUUGGCAACAUAAAUGGUAUUGCAAACAAAUAAAUGAACACUGUGCCUUUCUAAAUGUUUCUAGCACAACAGAAGAAAUUAGAGAACCCUGGAAGCAGUAACACCCCCUACAAACCGAGGAUAAUGAUAAAGAAAAUAAGAUAUAGGCGCACUUUAUGCAUGUGAUGUCUUACAGAGCAGCAUAUAGAUCCAAUUUAAUGCUUUAAGUGUCAGUUACAUGAAAUCAAUCCCUAAAAAGUGUGACAGUGGCACAAAUACAUGAGAUUAAAUGCUUCAGGUUUCUGAUUGGCAUCAGAAAUGAUUUUUUGAAAUGCUUUCGCUGGACAAACGCCAGGUUUUUCUCUGACACAUGCUUUGCUGUAAGCCGCACAAGAAUGGUUAGCACACAAUGUCUAGAAACAGCAAAUUUCAUAAAGUGUAAAGCCGAACAUGCUGACUGCUCCGAUGAGUACUUCUGCAGGGCUCAGCAGUUUGCUCUGUAACCUGUGGACAGUGUGUGUGCAGAAGCUGAUUUCAGCUUUCUUGAAUCUUCUCAAAAUUGCAAUGGGCACAAAAGCGAUUCUUAACAAAUUAGCCUUUUAGUGUUGUUCUGGGUUUCUGUUUUGUUGCGUUUUUGCAAUUUUAUUUAGAUGCUUUAUUCGACAACUGUAGGCAGGUUCAGUGCUAUUUGUGAUUAUUAAUAUGUACUGGACUGGAUCUGGCACAAAAGCAAGCUAACGUGAUUGGUUUGGGCAUAUAAUUAGCUCUAAUCACUGAAAGUGGCAUUGAAACAGAACAUAUCCAAAAUAAACAAUAACAGUUUUAGAUAUUUUCAAAGU